UGAAAAUCAAACGUACGUCUCUGUUCCUUUUCCCUCUCUCUCUCUCUCUCUGUUGGUUUCUGUAUCUACUCUGUCUUCUCUGCGCACUCUGCGUUUUCCCCACUCCCAAACAUUGCUUUAAUAUUCUUGAACUCCGACAUCACUACCGAACACCAUCGCUCAUCGUCUUCUUCUUCACAUUCUCUGGAGCUUCUGUGUUUCUCCCUUCUGUUUUUGCCUGGCCAGAACCCCCAAAUUAAAGGUUUCGAGUUUCAAUGGCCGAAGCCCUGGAAAGUAGUGCUCGAGCCGAUUCGGGAACACCGGGGGCGGAAACGGGUCCUCAAACAGGUGAUCGGAGGGAGCCGGUGGUGGGUUUGGAUGACGGUGGUAUGCCGGAGAAGGGCGGCUUCAGGGCAGAGAUCGACACCUCGGCGCCGUUCGAGUCGGUGAAAGAGGCGACGAGUCGAUUCGGUGGAAUGGGGUUUUGGAGACCCCAUCACGGAAAGCUUGAAUCUGAGCAUUACAUGGAGGAUUUUGACAUUGCAAAGCUAGAAGAACAAGCUGCAGAUUUGGAGAAAGAUCUGGCUAUGAAAGAAAGAGAAGCACUUGAAGUCUUGAAAGAACUGGAAGCAACUAAAAUGACUGUGGAAGAACUAAAGCUGAAGAUACAGAAGGAAAUGCCUGAAGUUGAUGCAAGCAUUGAGACAAAUUGUGACGAUAGGCACAAGAAUCCUGCUGCCAAGGAAGUAGAAGAAAAGCGGGAGAACCUGGCGAGAGGCUAUCAGAACUCGACUGGAGGUUUGGGGUGGUGCCCCUCUUCAACACCAGGUUUAAUUUUAAUGGAAUUGAAGCAAGCUAAACUGAACCUCACCAGAACUACAAGUGACCUUGCUGACAUUCGAGCUUCUGUUGAAUCAUACAACAAGAAAAUAGAGAAGGAAAGAAUCUCACUUGAGAAGACCCGCAAGAGGUUGACUUCAAAUUCCUUCAAAAUUUCAUCUCUUGAGGAAGAGCUAAGCCAAACCAGACUAAAGCUACAAGUGGCCAAAAAUUCUGAGAUUAAUGGCAUUUCUGAUUGCCCAACUGAUAUUUCAAGAGAGAUGCAACGGUUGAGUUCUGAGGCAGAGCAAUUUAAGAAAAUGGGAGAAGCAGCAAAAUCAGAAGUAUUGAAAGCGAUGUCAGAGAUUGAACAGACAAGGACAAGGAUAAAGACAGCUGAAAUCAGGUUGAUUGCAGCCAAGAAAAUGAAGGAAGCAGCUAGAGCGGCAGAAGCUGUUGCUCUUGCAGAGAUCAAGGCUAUAUCAAAUAACGAGCACUCAUCAGUAGUUUCUUUGCAAAAGCCUGAAGGAGUAACCCUUUCAUUUGAAGAAUAUUCUUCCCUGACCCAGAGAGCUCAAGAUGCUGAGGAACUUUCUAAGAAGAAAGUAAUUGAUGCCAUGCUCCAAGUUGAGGAAGCAAAUGUAUCGAAAAUGGAAAUCUUAAAAAGUGUAGAGGAAGCAACACAAGAAGUCAAAUCCAGUAGGAAAACCUUGGAAGAAGCUCUUGGCCGAGUAGAGGCUGCAAAUAGGGGAAAGCUGGGUGUUGAAGAGGCACUUCGGAAGUGGAGAUCUGAACAUGGUCAGAGAAGGCGUUCCAACAUACAUAAUUCAACUAAAUUCAAGAAUUCCCACCCAUCUCAUCGUCGGAAGGAUUCUCGUUUGUGUGACGUAAAUGGACUGAAUCUCGUUGGUGAUGAGUCAAAGCCAGUUUUGAGGCCAACCAUGUCGAUUGGGCAAAUACUAAGCAGGAAGCUGCUGCUAGCAGGGGAGUUUGAGAUGGGGGCUCAAGAAAGAAAAAGCAUGGGGAAACGAAAGGAGUCGUUAGGUCAAAUGCUCAAUAAACAAGAUGGUGAUUUACCCUCUUCUCGGAAGGCCGAAACAGAUUCCAGUCAUAAGCCUCUCCCUGCAAAGAGAAAGAAGCUUGGGUUUGCUCAUUUCUCAGUUCUUUUGAAAAAGCAGAGCAAGAAAAAGAAGCAGCCGACUCCAAAUUCUAGUUGAUGCUCUGGUAGAUCAAUUGAUUCAUGUUGAGAACUGACUUCUAAUCUUUUGUAAGGUCGUUGCCCUUCAUCAUCUUCCUCCUGGUUUCCCCUUAUUUUGUUCUUUCCUUAUUUGGACUUAUUGCUUUGGUUGUUUCCACUUCCCUCAUCCCUCUCUUUCAGAUAGUAUUUUCCUUGGUUGUUUAGAAGAUGCUUGCUAUUUCCAUAAUAUGUUGCCUUCACUGAGGCUAGGCAUGUAAUGUUCUUCUCUAAACUCUUCUGAAGUAGAAUAUGCUGGUACAUGCUGUAACUGUUUUAACGUAGGCUUGUAUUUCUCUGUUGUUUUGGAGAUGUUGCCAUUUCUAUAAUAUGUAGCCUCCACCGAGGCCGGCAAUGUAAUGUAAUAUCUUCUCAAAUAGUUUCUGCUGGUAAAUGCUGAAAUUAUUAACGCAGUUUGUACAAUGGAUGAAAGAGGUAAUCGGCGGUGGUCAUGGUAA